UCAGGGACAGGUGCUGAGGAGGGGUCUCAGACUGAGCCAGAGGUCAGUCCACAGAAAAAGGUCAUCAAACCUCCCAUGCCCCCUACCAAAGAGGCAAAACCCAGUUCAGCGCCUGAGGAUGAACCUGAUAAGGAUGAUGGCCCAGAGAAAGAGGUCCUGAAGCCACCCAUGCCCCCAUCUAAAGAAGCCAAGACCUGUAUUUCCCUUGUUGAAGAGGUUACAGAGGAGGCCAAAGCUGAGAGGAUGUCUGAAAAGAGUCCUGAUGUCGUUAAAAAGACAGGCCCACCACCAACCCCUCCCAACAAACCUAGCUCCAGCAGUUCCAUGAGCAACAGUGCAGAGAUCUCACAUUUCAGGCCAAACCCCCUCCCUCCUACCCCCCAAUCCAAGGAGAAUAAACCCUCCUAUCCUGCUCUGGAUCCAGACCAAGAGGUUCAAGGCACAGCUGAUGAGAAUAAGGAGAAGGAAGAAGACAGUAGGAGGGAGACAACAGGAAAAGCUGUGGAAACAGAUGAGGCAGACCAUUCGAUUUCUAAACAAGCUCUGCCUAAUGUCAGAGGUGAUAACAGUCCCAGCACAGAAGUGCAGGUUUCCAAAGAAGAGUUAGGGGAUAUCAUAAGCAGUCCUUCACCUCUUCAAACCUCCAAGAAAAAGCCUGAGAAACUUGUUCAGCCUGACACACAACAGAUAGAGGCCAACCCAACUACAAUUCAGCUGAAUGAGAGGCAAGACCGUACUGCAUCACUGCAAACAUCCUCAGACACCUCGGACAGUUCUCUUCAAGCAGAAGAAGCGCUACCCAAAAGUGAAGUCCCCUCAGUAGUUGUCUCUUCAAAUGACCCACUGACUGACAGCCCCAGCCUGAGUCCACAGCUCUGUCACUUGCCUGGUGAAGAGAAAAAGAAGGCAGAGGAGAAAUCUGUAGACAGUGGUCAGCACUCAGAAAAUGACAGCGAAGGCUCUGGAAGUGAAGACACACUGGUGGCUUCCACGGCUGUGUUGAGAGGGAGCCAUGCUAGUCUGGAUGUAUUGGAUGCCACUGAGGACAACAUUCAGAUCUCUGUUAUUUUAAGGCCAACACAGGCCGCAACCGAGCCUCAAGAUAUAUCAAAGGUCCUUCCCUGCCUGCACUCAAAGUCCACUACUCCUCUCAAAUCCUCCACCAAGGCCAGGUCAGCCUCCAUCGGAGAUCUGCUAUCUGACUCCUCAGUCUGUAUUCAGCUGAGACAGCAUACCAGAGCUGUGGCUGGAAGUGACAUGUCUCCUACUGAUGACAUCAUGAAACUUGAGACUGAAGUGGCUCUGGAGAUGGAAAAGACAACUGAGCUCCUGAGCAGAGUGUCCCAGUCCCAGGUGGGAGGUAAAAGGGAGGGUACGCCAGAGGAUCUGCUGGCCAAAGCCAUGGAGAAGCUGGAGAAGGCUGACCAUGUACUCAGGGAGGUCAAGAAAUUGAAACUUGCAAAGAACUCAAGCUACAGGAAGAGCUGGUGAAUGUCAGUCAUAGCAGAUUGACUUGGAAUUGACCAUUUACUAAACCCUUCACCUGGACAGUGAUUGUUCAGUUAUAGCUUAGCAAUCUUAAAUAGGCACAAAAGGCUUGCCCAGCUUUGGAUUUCUCCACAUACAGUUUGUUUCUCUUAGCCUUCCCAAAACCAGAAAAACAAGAAAAUGCGUGAGGAACGGAUUUAACAGUGUGUUUAUCUGCUCUAAUAUGAGCUGCAAUCUUUAGCAUGUCCAGCUAACUAGCUUACUACCUACAGUAAUCACUGACAAUUACUUCCAAGGCCAAGUAGCCUAUCAUUAACUAACUACAUUAGUUUGUGGAGUUACAGGUUACAAAAAAGUCUCAUUCACAACUAACACAUUUGCUAUGUACCAUCUCCCCGCAAUGUGGAGGCUGGUCCUGAAUGUUAUCAGAGUUUAUAGUCAAGUUAGUUGUUCUGUCCUUCUCUUUGACCCUCUAACAGAAACAGUGUUUCGUUUUCCAAAUACAUCCUUAAAGCCAUUCCCCUUGUAACAGUAAAAGCAAAACAUACUGAACGGAGACAAUCAUUCAACUUUUGGAGGUAACAUUAGCCUGCUUAGCUACCUGAUAAAAUCUUACAGCGAUAUUCACUGCAACGGCCAAAAUCAACAUUUGUAUGCUAGAAAUGAGAAGAUGCUUUUUGUCUUCCUUUGUCUGAAAUCAAAGACCUUCUUGUUCAAAAUAACUAUAUUUCAAGAGGUAAAUUUGACACUGUUAUCACUGUAAAACUGCAUAUGUGCUGUGAGAUGAUGGGAAGCCUGACAGGUUUAGGAAUAUUAGCUAAGGGGGUCAGUACUUAGUAAAUGGCCAGUUGAUGGAUUUGGGCAGAAAAUUGCUCUUUUUCGAUGGUUAUGCAGCACAUGCAAUUGUUUGCUCAUAAUUAACUAAGUGCAAUUAUUUCUACUUUUUAUGCAGCUGAAAGUAAUACUUAUUGUUCUACUGUGUAUUGUUUAUGUUUUUCUAUUUGAAAUAUCAGACAUUUUCAAUAAUAAUUUCUUCAAAGCUAAUUUAAGUAUUAAUAACAUAAGGGCAAAGCAGUACUGUUACUACUUGAUUACAUGCAAAAAGUACUAAAAAGUGUUAAUACAAAAUUACACAACUGUUCUAAUGGUUUACUUUGUGGAUUCACAAGGCUUUUUCUCCAAUUUCCAGAUAGCAUGUUUUUGUUGGCAGUUUAUAUGAGGGAAUUUAUACUGUACAUAUUUUAGACUUUUACUACAGCAUAUGCUGUAUGUUGAUGAUGAGGAAAGAUGUACCAACAUAGCUCAGGAGUUUUCUGAAAUGUAUUUUUAGACUAAUCAUGUGAUUACAGCAAUUUUUUUAUUUUUUUUAAAUGAAAGAAGGACUGCUAUUCCACAUAGGAU